UCUGGACUCUUUUCUGCCCUUCUGUCGACACGAGGACGUCUCCCUGUUUCAGGAUCAAAUCUUCUACUUCAGCAGCUGGAAGUCUGGCAGAAUUCCUGGGAACUUUCACGUUUUUUGACAUCCAGCCUUGGUUCAGACCUUCAGACUGGGACUGCAGAGUUAAAGUUUAAUUUGAGGUCUGGCCAAAGUUCAGCUUGCUACAGUCUGCUCUCUCUUGAAGUUUGGGAAUCAAACAGGAUUUCUUUGGUUUCCUUUUCACAUCCAGACUGAAGCUUUUCUGAUCUGUUUGAAAUCAGGUGCCGAUCCUAGAAAAUUUCCUGCUAAUAUCAGCUGGAAUGUUGGUGGAUUUAGCUGGAAAAGUGUCCAGUUCAUGCAGAUUUCUCCUGCAGGUUUUUUUUGGAUUAACGUAGAACCACGUCUGGUAUUGAACCCUCCAGUCCAUCAGGUUUUCUCUCUCAGGAACACUUAAGUGUUGUGUUUAACGGACUGUUUGUGGACACUGGAGUGGGAUGGAGCCGGACCCAGCGCAGCAGGUCAGCUACAACCUGCUGGAGGGUCGAUUCAAACAGCUGCAAGAUGAACGUGAAGCAGUGCAGAAGAAGACCUUCACCAAGUGGGUUAACUCCCACCUAUCCAGAGUCUCCUGCAGGAUCACGGAUCUCUACAUGGACCUGAGGGAUGGACGGAUGCUCAUCAAGCUGUUGGAGGUCCUGUCCGGAGAGAGACUGCCAAAGCCCACCAAAGGCCGGAUGCGUAUCCACUGCCUGGAGAACGUAGACAAGGCUCUGCAGUUCCUGAAGGAGCAGCGAGUUCACCUGGAGAACAUGGGAUCCCAUGACAUUGUGGAUGGGAACCACCGACUCACACUGGGCCUGAUCUGGACCAUCAUCCUGCGUUUCCAAAUUCAGGACAUCAGCGUGGAGACUGAAGACAACAAAGAGAAGCGAUCGGCCAAAGAUGCCCUGCUGCUGUGGUGCCAGAUGAAGACCGCUGGGUAUUCCAACGUCAACAUCCACAACUUCACCACCAGUUGGAGAGACGGCAUGGCCUUCAACGCACUCAUCCACAAGCACAGACCUGAUCUGAUCGACUUUGAUAAGCUCAAGAAGUCCAACGCUCACUACAACCUGCAGAAUGCUUUCAACCUUGCGGAGCAGCACCUGGGUCUUACCAAGCUGCUGGACCCAGAGGAUAUAAGUGUGGAUCAUCCUGAUGAGAAGUCUGUCAUCACCUACGUGGUGACGUAUUACCACUACUUCUCCAAGAUGAAGGCUCUGAAGGUGGAGGGAAAACGAAUAGGGAAGGUGUUGGAUAAUGCCAUUGAGACUGAGAAGAUGAUCGAGAAGUAUGAGUCGCUAGCUUCGGACCUGCUGGAGUGGAUUGAACAGACCAUCAUCAUCCUCAACAACAGAAAGUUUGCCAACUCCCUAGUAGGAGUCCAACAGCAGCUACAGGCCUUCAACACGUACCGAACUGUGGAGAAACCUCCCAAGUUCACCGAGAAGGGGAACCUGGAGGUUCUACUCUUCACCAUCCAGAGUAAGAUGAGGGCCAACAACCAGAAGGUCUACAUGCCCCGCGAGGGAAAACUCAUUUCAGACAUUAACAAGGCUUGGGAACGACUGGAGAAGGCAGAGCAUGAGAGGGAACUGGCUCUAAGGACAGAGCUGAUUCGUCAGGAAAAACUGGAACAGUUGGCCAGACGCUUUGACCGCAAGGCGGCAAUGAGAGAGACCUGGCUCAGUGAAAACCAGAGGCUAGUGUCUCAGGACAACUUUGGCUUCGACCUCCAGGCUGUGGAGGCAGCCACCAAAAAGCAUGAGGCUAUCGAGACAGACAUUGCAGCAUAUGAGGAACGUGUCCAGGCUGUGCUCGCUGUGGCGAAGGAGCUGGAAGUGGAGCGUUACCACGACAUUAAACGCAUCGCGGCAAGGAAGGACAACGUGAUCCGACUCUGGGAGUACCUGCUGGAGCUGCUGAAGGCCCGGAGGCAGAGACUGGAGAUGAACCUAGGCCUGCAAAGAGUCUUCCAGGAGAUGCUCUACAUCAUGGACUGGAUGGACGAGAUGAAGAUGCUGCUGCUGUCUCAGGAUUAUGGGAAGCAUCUGUUGGGCGUGGAAGACCUGCUACAGAAACACGCUCUGGUGGAAGCCGACAUUGCCAUACAGGCUGACAGAGUGAAGGCCGUCAUUAACAACGCCAACCAGUACUCAGUGACUGACAGCGGCUACAAGCCCUGUGAUCCUCAGAUCAUCCAGGACCGGGUGGCCCACCUGGAGUUUUGCUACCAAGAGCUGACACAGCUAGCUGCUGAGCGCCGCGCUCGUCUUGAAGAGUCUCGCCGACUGUGGAAGUUCUUCUGGGAGAUGGCGGAGGAGGAAGGCUGGAUCCGGGAGAAGGAGCAGAUCUUGUCCUCCAUGGAGCAUGGUAAGGACCUCACUGGGGCGGUGCGACUCCUGAGCCAGCAGCGGGCCCUGGAGGAUGAGAUGAGCGGCCGGGCUGGACACCUGCAGCACACCAUCGCUGAGGGCCAGGCCAUGGUAGAUGCCGGUCACUUUGGUGCCGCUAAGAUCCAGGAGCGAAUCUCAGACCUGCAAGCACAGUGGGUGGCGUUGGAGCAGCUUGCAGCAGCAAGAAAGAAGAGGCUGGACGAAGCUCUGGCCAUGCACCAGUUCCAGGCCGAUGCAGAUGAUGUGGAUGCCUGGACACUGGACGCACUUCGCAUCGUCUCCAGUGGAGAGACGGGCCAUGAUGAAUUCUCCACACAGGCUCUUGUCAGGAAGCAUAAGGAUGCAGCAGCAGAGGUGGCCAGCUACCGUUCUGUAAUCGACUCUUUGCACGAGCAGGUUGCUCUGCUGCCCAACGAGGAGGCGAAGUCAGAGGAUGUGCAGGGCCGCUUGGUUGGUAUCGAGGAGCGCUACAGGGAAGUGUCAGAGCUGACGAAGCUGAGGAAGCAGGCAUUGCAGGAUGCACUGGCUCUCUACAAAAUGAUGAGUGAGGCCAAUGCCUGCGAGGUUUGGAUAGAUGAGAAAGAGCAGUGGUUGAACAGCAUGGAGAUUCCUGAAAAACUGGAGGACCUGGAGGUGAUACAGCACAGGUUUGAGAAUCUGGAGCCGGAGAUGAACAAUCAAGCUUCUCGUGUUGCUGUGGUGAACCAGAUCUCCCGACAGCUGAUUCACAGUGGCCAUCCGAGCGAGAAGGACAUCAGAGCUCAGCAAGAUAAACUGAACAACAGGUGGAGCCAGUUCAGGGACCUGGUGGACCAGAAGAAGGAGUCUCUGAACUCUGCUCUGGGUGUGCAGAACUAUCACCUCGACUGCAAUGAGACUAAGUCCUGGAUCAAAGAAAAGACCAAACUAAUUGAGUCCACCCAGGAACUAGGCAAUGACCUCACCGGGGUCAUGGCUCUGCAGAGGAAACUGACCGGCAUGGAGCGAGACUUGGUGGCUAUCGAAGACAAGCUGGGUGACUUGCGAUCUGAAGCACAGAGGCUGGCAGAGGAACACCCUGACCAGGCCAAAGCCAUCACAGACCAACUGGCUGAGAUCAGCGCUGUCUGGGACGAAAUGAAGAAUACCCUGAAAACGCGAGAGGAGUCCUUGGGUGAAGCCAGGAAACUGCAGCAGUUCCUGCGUGAGCUUGAUGACUUCCAGUCCUGGCUGUCACGCACUCAGACAGCCAUCGCCUCCGAAGACAUGCCCAACACACUGUCUGAGGCAGAGAAGCUGAUGGCCCAACACGAAAGCAUCAAAAAUGAGAUCCAAAACUAUGAGGAAGACUACCAGAAGAUGAGGGACAUGGGGGAGAUGGUGACUCAGGGCCAGAUGGACGCGCAGUACAUGUUCCUCCGGCAGAGGCUGCAGGCGCUUGACACCGGCUGGAGUGAGCUGCUGAAAAUGUGGGAGAACCGUCAGAAUCUGCUGUCCCAGUCUCAUGCUUACCAGCUGUUUCUGAGGGACACCAAGCAGGCUGAAGCUUUCCUCAAUAACCAAGAGUACGUUCUGGCUCAUACAGAGAUGCCCACCACCCUGGAGGGCGCUGAGGCCGCAAUCAAGAAGCAGGAGGACUUUAUGACCACAAUGGAUGCCAACGAGGAGAAAAUCAACAGUGUGGUGGAGGCAGGAAGGAGGCUGGCCAGUGAUGGGAACAUCAACGCUGAUCGCAUCGUCGAGAGGCUGGCCUCCAUCGAUGACAGGCAUAAGAAGAACAGGGAGGCUGCGGUGGAGCUGAUGAUGAGACUGAAGGACAACCGCGAUCUUCAGAGGUUCCUGCAAGACUGUCAGGAGCUGUCUUUAUGGAUCAGUGAGAAGAUGCUGACGGCCCAGGACAUGACCUAUGAUGAGGCCAGGAACCUUCACAGCAAGUGGCUGAAGCACCAGGCAUUCAUGGCUGAGCUGCAGUCCAACAAGGAGUGGUUGGACAAGAUUCAGAAGGAUGGGAUGCUGCUGGUGUCAGAGAAGCCAGAGACAGAGGCUGUGGUGAAGGAGAAGCUGUCGUCGCUUCACACCUUAUGGGAGAAACUGGAGUCCACCACACAGACCAAAGCUCAGUGUCUAUUUGACGCCAACAAGGCUGAGCUGUUUACGCAGAGCUGUACCGAUCUGGACAAGUGGCUGGGCAGCCUGGAGGGUCAGAUCCAGUCCGACGACUACGGCAAAGACCUGACAUCUGUCAACAUCCUGCUGAAGAAACAGCAGAUGUUAGAGAACCAGGUGGACGUGCGUCAGAGGGAGGUGGUGGAGUUGCAGAGCCAGGUGAAGGCCCUUGGUCAGGAGGUAAAGGACACAGAUGAGGUGGACGGGCGGAGACAGGUGGUGGAGAAGAAGUUCCAGGAGCUGCUGGAGCCGCUGCGGCGUCGCAGGGACUUCCUGGUGGCAUCCCGAGAAGUCCAUCAGUUCAACCGGGACGUGGAGGAUGAGAUUCUGUGGGCUCAGGAAAGGAUGCCUGUGGCUGCAUCCACUGACCAUGGACACAACCUGCAGACAGUCCAGCUGCUUAUAAAGAAGAACCAGACGCUGCAGAAGGAGAUCCAGGGCCAUCAGCCUCGCAUCAAUGACAUCAUGGAGCGCAACCAGAGCCUCCUGCAGGACAAGUCCCCUAACACUGACAUGAUCCGGCAGCGUCUGGCAGAUCUGCAGCAGCUGUGGAAGCAGCUGAUGAAGGAGGUGGAGCAGCGGCAUGUCCGACUGCAGGAGGCCCAUAAAGCUCAGCAGUACUACUUCGACGCAGCCGAAGCCGAGGCGUGGAUGAGCGAACAGGAGCUCUAUAUGAUGUCAGAGGAGAAAACCAAGGACGAGCAAAGUGCCGUCACCAUGCUGAAGAAGCAUCAGAUCAUGGAGCAGGCCGUGGAGGACUACGCAGAGACCGUCCACCAGCUGUCCAAGACCAGCCGAGGACUCGUAGCCGACGGACACCCUGAAAGUGAGCGGAUCAGCAUGCGGCAGUCUCAGGUAGACAAACUGUACGCCGGCCUCAAGGACCUGUCUGAAGAGAGGCGGGGCAAGCUGGACGAGAGGCUCCGCCUCUUCCAGCUCAACAGGGAGGUGGACGACUUAGAGCAGUGGAUCGCCGAGCGGGAGGUGGUGGCUGGGUCACACGAGCUGGGUCAGGAUUAUGAACACGUCACGAUGCUGCAAGAACGUUUUCGGGAGUUUGCGCGGGACACCGGAAAUAUCGGGCAGGAGCGAGUGGACGGCGUGAACCGGCUGGCGGAUGAGCUGAUCAACGCCGGACAUGGUGACGCAGCCACGGUGGCGGAGUGGAAGGAUGGACUGAACGAGGCCUGGGCGGACCUGCUGGAGCUUAUCGACACGCGGACACAGAUCCUUGCCGCCUCCUUCGAGCUUCACAAAUUUUACCAUGACGCCAAGGAGAUCCUGGGACGCAUCGCCGACAAGCAGAAGAAGCUGCCAGAGGAGGUCGGCCGGGACCAGAACACAGUGGAGAUGCUGCAGAGGAUGCACAACACCUUCGAACACGACAUCCAGGCGCUGGGAACGCAGGUGAGGCAGCUUCAGGAGGACGCCUCGCGUCUGCAGUCAGCGUACGCCGGAGACAAAGCCGACGACAUCCAGCGCAGAGAGAGCGAGGUGAUGGAGGCUUGGAGGAGCCUGCUGGAGGCCUGUGAUGGACGCCGGAUCCGCCUCCUCGACACUGGAGACAAGUUCCGAUUCUUCAGCAUGGUCCGGGACCUGAUGCUCUGGAUGGACGACGUGAUCCGGCUCAUCGAGGCCCAGGAGAAACCCAGAGAUGUUUCUUCCGUGGAACUGCUGAUGAACAACCAUCAGGGCAUCAAGGCAGAGAUCGAUGCCCGCAACGACAGCUUCACAGCCUGCAUCGAGCUGGGCAAGGCCCUGCUAGCCAGGAAGCACUUUGCUUCAGAAGAGAUUAAGGAGAAGCUGCUGCAGCUCACAGAUAAGAGGAAGGAGAUGAUCGAUAAGUGGGAGGACCAUUGGGAGUGGCUCCGCCUCAUCCUGGAGGUGCACCAGUUCUCUCGGGACGCGGGCGUGGCUGAAGCCUGGCUGUUGGGCCAGGAGCCAUACCUGUCCAGCAGGGAGAUGGGGCAAAGCGUGGACGAGGUGGAGAAGCUGAUCAAGCGUCACGAGGCCUUCGAGAAGUCUGCCGCCACCUGGGAGGAGCGAUUCUCCGCCCUGGAGAGGCUGACCACGCUGGAGCUGCUGGAGGUCAGGAGGCAACAGGAAGAGGAGGAGAGGAGGAGGAAGCCUCCAUCUCCAGAGCCAGCUGUGGUCAAGCAGGAGGAAGCUCAGCAGCAGAGCGCCGCCACUCAGAAUGGACUGCCAUCGGAUCAGGACCAGGACUCUCCUCAGCAGGAUGCGGUGGAAGAUGGCUGUCUGGUCAAUGGGAUUGUUGAGCGCAGCUCCAAGGAACCAAGCCCUGCCCCCUCGCCGACCUCUGGCAGGAAGACCAAAAACAGCCAGUCGUCCACUCUACCCACCAAGAACCAGGACUCUCUGUCACAGCUUGAAGGCUUCCUGCACCGCAAACACGAGUGGGAGGGGCACAACAAGAAGGCCUCCAACAGGUCCUGGCACAAUGUGUACUGCAUCAUCAGCAACCAGGAACUGGGCUUCUACAAGGACAGCAAGGCGGCAGGUCAGGGCGUGUCCUACCACGGCGAGCUGCCCGUGAGCCUGAAGGAUGCCACUGGUGAUGUCGCGUCAGACUACAAGAAGAAGAAACAUGUCUUCAAGCUCAGAGUUUCCGAUGGAAAUGAGUAUCUAUUCCAAGCCAAAGAUGAAGAGGAGAUGAGCACCUGGAUCCAGGCCGUCCUGAAUGCCGCCACCGCAGAGCGCUCUGAACUCCACGGCAGCAACCCCGGCACGCCGUCCACCGGGCGUGCUCAGACGCUACCGGCCACUGUGUCGCUCACCACCGAGUCCAGUCCUGGGAAGAGAGAGAAAGACAAGGAGAAGGACAAGGAGAAACGCUUCAGUCUGUUUAGCAAGAAGAAGCAGUAGCAGAAGAGCCACCAGGAGGCACGUUGGUGGAACUGAACCCGGUGCUCCAAAGCAGGAAAUAUUCCGACCUGACCUGCUUCGGAGCGCCGACUCACAUUCAGCUCCUGUCAGCUUUACUGGGAUCCAAACUGCACAUCCAGAACUUUCCCGAAACCUUCAUGAAGUCUGUCAGCUCUUCACCUCUGCUACAAAACUGAUCCCUGAACGGGAUCCAGAAAUGGUCGAGCAGCAGAACACCUUCUGGAUCCCAAGGUUAGAUCCAGAAUUGAUUCUUGGAGAACCAAUUCCAGAGUUAGGUCCAGAAUUGGUUCCACUGCAGAACCAGUAUCUAAAACUAGUACUACUGAAUCCAUCCAAGACCAGGUUAUGAAACUGGUUCUACUGUUGAGCUGGUUUAGGACCAGGCUCAGAAAAUUGUUCUGCUGCCGAACCCAUCCUUAACCAGGAUCUAAAACUGGUUCCUGCAGAACUGAUCCCAGACCAGGACCUAAAAUGAUUCUGCUGCACAAUCAAUCCCAGAGUGGGACCUUCAGUAUAACUGGUUCCAGUGCAGAGAUGAUCUGAGACCAGGAUCUAAAAACUAGUUCUGCAGCAGAACUGAUCCAAACCAGGAUAUAAAAGUAAUUCUAUUCCAGAACCAAGGAGAGGAUAUAAAUUUGCUUGGGACUGGGCUCAAAAUCUGGAGAAUCAAUCCAAAACUGGGAUCCAAAGCUUGGUUCUGCCUCAAAACUAGUAGAGAUUUUGAAACCGUCUCUAAAGCAGAAUUGAUCUGACCCUGAUUCUGCGCGUCCACUGUUCUGACAUAUCAGAACCACAUUUACUAAACUUUAAAAGCCAAUAAGCAGCUGCUGCUGCUGAUGUCACUCAUGAUGUCACACUGAUCAAUCAGUGGUAGAGGUGGACAACUGAUGAGAUUCUGAAAAACUGAAAGUUUCACCAGCGUCGGCCCACUUGGUUGGUUCUGGAUGUUUCUGAUUCUGUUCAGUUGUCAUUUGUUUCCCCUUAAAGUCAGUGAGAUGCUGCCCGGCCUCUGAUUGGUCAGUGUUGUGUCCCACCUGUUUUUUUCUGCUGGCCCAAUGAUUGGUUGUUGCUCGGCCCGUUGGCUCCAUGAAGCAGGACCUGGUCGCUCUGGUUCUGAUUUUCCUGAACUUAUCUUUGUGUUUUUAUUUUUCCUCGGUUCUGAAGGGACGUUGCUGAGAAACUGGACCAACUUUUUACGGCUUCGGAGUUAAUCUUUUGUGUUGGGUGUAAAAUUGUUCACCUGCAUGCUUCAUGUAAGCCCACUUGACCCGUCUUCUUCUUCUUCUUUGGUUCUGUCGCUCGCUCCGCGUCACUGUAUCCGUAAUGUAGCGAACAUGUAUGGAAGUUCGUGUUUCUGCACAAUCCGAGCUGCAUCGUUAGGAAUGACCUAUUAAAGCUUUUCUCAUGUAUGAAGCUGCACCUGUUAAAGCUGCCAACUCAUUAAAGCUUUUAAACUAUGACCUCACUUCCUGUUCUGUGAUGUCAUUUCAUCACAUUGUCAAAUUCCCACAGAAACAUCUUUUCUUGCUUUUUUUAUUGUCGUUUUAAUUCAAAACAUUCAGAUUUUUUCACUUUUUUACUUUUUCAAUUAAUUUCCUCAAAAUCCUGAAAUUUAUUUCCUUUUUUUUCCAUAUAACUUAUUAUAUUGUGACUUUACUUUCUGAUAUUAAACAUUUUCAAUAAUUCA